AUGCCUGAGAUUGGCGAAGUCGCGCGAGUCGUACACUAUCUUCGAAAGCGCCUACUGAACCGCACGAUCACCACCUGCGAAGCCCUCGAAGAUGCCAACGUCUACGGCAAAGUCGGAACCAGCGCGACCGCCUUCCAAAAGCACACCGAAGGCCGCAAAGUCACCGGCGCAGCGCAGCAGGGUAAAUACUUCUACGUCACCUUCGAUAAGGCUCCGCACGCGGUGAUGCACCUGGGCAUGACGGGAUGGGUGAAGUUCAACACGGAAGACACGGCGUACUACAAGCAGGCGAAGGAGGUCGAAAGAGAGGAAGAGGAAUGGCCGCCGAAGUACAUGAAGUUUCUGUGGAAGUUUGAGCCCUCAAAGGUGGAUGGGGAGGACAAGGAGGCAGUGGAGGUCGCAUUUGUGGACUCGCGGCGGUUUGCGAGGAUACGGCUUGUUGAUUGCGAGGCGGACAAGAUCCGGGAUACAACACCUUUGAAGGAGAAUGGGCCGGAUCCGGUGCAGGACAAGGCUGUCGUGACGGUGGAGUGGUUGACGGAGUUGCUGCAGAAGAAGAAAGUACCGGUCAAAGCUCUGCUUCUGGAUCAAGCGAAUCUAUCUGGCGUUGGAAACUGGGUGGCGGACGAAGUGCUGUAUCAAGCGCGAAUACAUCCGGAGCAGUAUUGCAACACUUUCGACGACAAACAGAUCAAGCAGCUACACGACUCGCUUAUUGGUGUCUGCACGACUGCGGUGGAGACACUUGCCGACUCGAAGCAGUUCCCGGAGGACUGGCUGAUGAAGUACCGGUGGGAUAAAGGCAAGAAAGAGUCCAAUGUCCUCCCGAACGGCGAGAAGAUCGUUCAUUUGACGGUUGGCGGAAGAACGAGUGCGGUUGUACCAAGCAGACAGAAGAAGACAGCUGCUGUAGCAGGAGACGUUAAAUCCGACGAGAUGCAGAACGGCGAUGCGAAGCCUGCGAAAGGUCGCAAACGGAAGCAGAGCGAUGAAAACGAAGAUGAGGACGAGGCUGCGGAGAAGAGUUCGAAAGCACCCAAGGCCAAGAGAGGCGGACGGGCAGCGAAGAAGGCUGACACGAAUGGCGUGAAGGAGGAGAACGAAGAUGAAGACGGUGAGGAACCUCAAGCGCAAAGCGAGACGGAAACCAAAGUCAAAGCCAACACUGCAAAGAAGGUGAAGGCAAAAGCGAGCAAUGCUGCAUCGAAAAAAGCAGAGAAGCCAGCCACGCCCGGUUCGAGAAGGUCAACGCGCAACAAACCGUAG